GCGAAGGGCAGAAGAUUUCCUUUUCCGGCUCAGCCACGUCGGCCGAGCCUCUUGUGCCGUUUGGAGGGUCGAAGCGGCUGCUGGGAGAGAGAGAGGAUGCCAAGAAGAGCACUCUGGACAACAGAAAAUGAGGAGCAGCGUUAAAGUGCAAGAUAAGCCAUCAUUCAAAAUAUUUUCCAAUUUCUCCGGAAAGUUUAAAAACUCUUCUUCCUCAGCAGAUGAGAGACGAGGGAAUGAAUAACAAGAACAAAGUUUUAAGCUGGAAAAAAUAGAGCACAUGGAACUGAAAAAACACAUUAAAUGAAAAAUCAAGGACGACAAUAUUUAAAUAAAGGAAAAGUAAAGAACAACGUGAAGUCGGUAGGAAGAAAAAGUUACCAUGUGUGGAGAAAAACCAUUUAAGUGCUUGGAUUGUGGGAAAAGUUUCCGUUGGAAUUCCAACCUGGUGGAACACUAUAGGACGCACACAGGAGAGGAACCCUAUAAAUGUAGUGAUUGUGGAAAAGGUUUCAAGCAGAGUUCUAAGCUUGUGAUACACCAGAGAACUCACACAGGAGUAAAACCAUUUCAAUGUCUGGAUUGUGGGAAAAGUUUCAGUCAAAGUUCCCACCUGGUGGGACACCAGAUGACACACACAGGAGAGAAACCAUAUAAAUGUCUUGUUUGUGGGAAAGGUUUUAUUCGGAGUUCCCACCUUGUGAUACACCAGAGAACUCACACAGGAGAAAAACCAUAUCAGUGCCUGGAUUGUGGGAAAUGUUUCAGUCGGAGUUCCUGCCUGGUGAAACACAAGAGGAGUCACAAUGGGGAAAAAGUCUUUGAAUGUACUGUUUGUGGGAAACAUUUCAGUCAAAAUUCCCAUCUGGCGGAACACCAGAUGACACAUACAGGAGAGAAACCGUACAAAUGUCCUGAUUGUGGGAAAAGUUUCUGUCUGAAUUCCAGCCUGUUGAAACACCAGAGAACUCACACAGAAGAAAAACAAUAUCAAUGCCUGGAUUGUGGGAAAUGUUUCAUUCAGAGUUCCUGCCUAGUGAAACACCAGUGGACUCACACAGGAGAAAAACCGUAUGAGUGCCUAGAUUGUGGGAAAAGAUUCCGUUGUAAUUCCAACCUGGUGGAACACCACAGGACACACACAGGAGAGAAACCGUAUAAAUGUAGUGAUUGUGGAAAAGGUUUCAAGCAGAGUUCUAAGCUUGUGAUACACCAGAGAACUCACACAGGAGUAAAACCAUUUCAGUGUCCGGAUUGUGGGAAAUGUUUCAGUCAGAAUUCCAACCUGAUGAUACACCAGAGAACUCACACUGGAGAAAAGCCGUAUCAGUGUCUGGAUUGUGGGAAAAGUUUCCAGCAGAAUUCAAAGCUUGUGAUACACCAGAGGACUCACACGGGAGAGAAACCAUAUGAGUGUCAAGAUUGUGGGAAAAUGUUCAGUCAGAAUUCGACCCUGGUGAUACACCGGAGGACUCACACUGGAGAGAAACCAUAUAAGUGUCCAGAUUGUGGGAGAGGUUUCAAUUGGAAUUCCGAGUUGAAAGCACACCAGAGCAGGGGUCACAUAUUUCUCGGACCUCAUGGACCACUAAAUUCAUAAUUUUAAGUCCCGCGGAACAAAUCCAGUGCGCCGCUCGCUGAAGCGCCUGGACUCCCAGUGAUGGGAUGGGGUCGUUCAAGCUCUUAUCUUGGCGCCUCUUUCUGCAACCUUAAACACUCAAAAGAGCCAUUUGAUCCGUUUACCACAGAAAGCAAAACACAAGGAGCCACAAAACCUGGGUGGGAAUCACCAACUCCACUCCCACCCAGUUACAUAACCCUACCCCCAGCCAUGCCUAUCCAGUUUUUGUGGCUCCCGGUGUUGUCUUUUCUAUGGGAAACAGUUCUCUCUCUCUGUCUCUCUCAUCACUCUCUCUCUCUCUCUCUUUCUAUCUCUCUGUCUCUCUCUCUCUCAUUCUGAUUCUCCGGCACUCUCUUGGUCUUGCUGGUGCUUCUUCGAUCUUUGUUGGUGCUGGACUUUGGUCACUCAGGGAGACACACGACCUGCUCUCCACCCCGAGACACUCGCCCAACCUGGUUGCAGCUGAUGUUCCACUUUGUAAUGGGCUCCAUGAGGAACAGAUGCCAUCUCCCCCAUUGUGAACCAUGCCAGAUUUAACUACGCUGUGCAAGGUGCUGCAAGAGCAGUGGAUGGGCCAUGGAGGUGCCAACAGAAACGGCAGAGAGAAACGGCUGAGCUGGGCCAGUGUCUCAGGGCGGAGAGGAAAUCCGGCGUCUCCUUGAAUGUCUGAGCACCAAAAAGGGCUGGAAGAAGCACCCACAAGACCCAGCAAGGGAUGAAACAAUUACAGGGGCUCUUCACUGCCGCUAUGGAAUAUUGAGCUGCCAUCGUCCCUCUCAGGCCAGGCGAGGAGUGACUGGGCGGGGAGGGCGAGGCCAACCACUAGUGGGUUCAGCCAACAGGGAGACACAGCAGAGGGAUGAAAGAGCUGCGGAUUGCCAACACUCAUUGCUUCGGGCCACCUGCGCCACUGCCCCCUCCUUGCCGCAAAGGGACCUUUACUUUGUUCCAGCCGACGAGUGCUGCAUUAUUCCUUGCACAUUGCACCUCUUGCAAAGUGGCAAGUUGCACAUAUCACCCUCUACACCAUAGAUUUCCAGCCCCCCACAAGCUGCCUGGCCAGUCCCAUAUUCCAGAGCUCUAGUCACAGGAUUGGCCCAUCAGUUGGUUGAUUGUUCUGACUGUCUUAAAAUUCUCUUUAUUUCUAGUUUGAAUCUUCUGGAUCAGUGUGCACGCAGUUUCUUCUCUGGCUUUCUGGUGCUUUGGAAAAUUGUCACACACACAUAUACACACACCUUUUGUGACAGCUUCUCAUAUAUUGGAAGACUUCUAUCAUGUCACUGUGGCGAUCGACCUCAGGAUCCCACAACCUGUGGUGGUCUCAAUCUACGGGCCGAGAUUCAAGACCAUCAGAAGGCGAAAGGAAAAUGAACACGAGAGGGUCUUGGUAGAAUGAGCAUUUUUCUGUUGCCAGAAUGCUACCUUUAUUGUAUACAAAAAGGGGGGGUGCAGCUAAGCAUAACAUAAUGAUUGGUGUUUUAACAUAACUGGUAACAUGUUAUCAUCCCCUAACAGUGGGACCAUACGUACUGAGUGCAGAAUCUUAGUGCCUGGUGCAAAAUUCAAGGUGUCGUGUGCACAGAUCCCAGUGCCCUGUGCAAAGAGCCUUAAGGGCGGAGAUUUAGUGCUGUGUGCAAAGCCUCAUCCUUGGAAUUCCCUUGAUAACUUGGCUGGAUUUCUCCAUGGCUAUUUAUGUGGGCUGGGUUCUCAGUAAUUUUUCCACUUAGGUGUCCAGCCACUUAUCUCAGAGACCUAGCCUAAGCUAUUUAACCUGAUGACCCUCAAAGCCCUUUAGUACCCUGGGUCCCAACAUCUCCUCCUUUCUUUUUGUUUAAAGAUCCAAAUUCAGGAGGGAUCUUUUUCAUUGGGCAUCCGGGUAUGUCCAAGUUGGUCAUGACUUUGAGCAUUUUUUUUGACCAUCCGAUUUCUUUACCUGUUUGGGCUCCAAGGCUGGGCGUGGCACACCACUUUGCAUUGGGCACUCUGGAAUCUCAAGACUAAUAACAUCCUUGUUUUGCACAAUAUUAAUAUUUUGAAAUAUUUUUUGUUUAGGCAUCAUAGAUUUAAACAUUGCAAUUAAACCAGGUAUACAUUGUAUACAGCAACAACAACAAAUUAAUAUAAUCACUCCAACAAAUAUGAUAGCAACCAAAUUCUUCAACCAUUGGAAAUUAGGAAGCCACGACCACAUUGCAUCCUUAAUCCUAGAUCCUUCCGUAUUUAGCGAAUACCACAUAAUCAUAAACAAAACCCCCAUACCUAUAAUUAAUCCUAUUGUAUGAUAAACAAAAUAUUUACAAGACAUAUCUGUUUUAGCCCAAUCCUCAAAACCCCCAAAUUUGUCCCGGAGGUGGUCCCCUUAAAAGAGGACCACAAGCCUUUGGUGAACGAGGCUCGUAUAAAUGACAUCCAUUUUCGCACACAUGAUGUUGGUUUGCAAGCAACCUCAUUUUUUCUUUUGAUGAUGGAAAUGGCAAAAGGGAUGAUCCUCUGAGUAUUUUAUUGUUGGAGUAGGCGUAAGAGUAGAUUGUCUCACAAGAUGCAGAGGAUCAAUAAAGGCCUCAAGUUGUUGGUCAAUCAUAAACACAUCACAAGCAAUUGGACAAAUCAAUUGACACUUCUCCUUCCAGCAAAAGAUGCAAUGUUGACAGCAACACGCCUGACAAGGGCAGGAACAAAACCAACACAUCAGAUAUCGUCUGACUUGGGUUGUUCAGAUUUUUCCACAGGGGGGUGGAACGGUUUUAUUCCUCGGGCUGGAACCCACAAGGGUUUAUCGUCGGGUCCUUUCACAGCUGCAUACCCACGUCCCCACGUUAACAAUUCCGCUGGGCCUUUCCAGGUAGGAUCCGGAGGCAUCCUAUAUAACACAAGAGGGGGUGGGGAGGAAACUACUCCAGGGCUAAAAUGCCUUUCUGCAGCUGAAGUAGGAUUAGGACAACCGGUCAAAUUUUUAAAAUUUAUUGUAUAUAUUGUUUUAGCUAAUUGAGUUUGUAUAGAUGGUAAUGAGGGGGGUCCGUUUCCCCCUUCUUUUUGUUUUUCAAGCAUCAACUUAAUUGUCAAAUUUGCUCGUUCCACUAUUCCUUGUCCCUGUGAAUUAUAAGGAAUACCAAAUUUAUGGGUUACUGAGAAUUUUUUACAAAAUUGAGCAAAAUUUGAACUUACAUAAGCAGGCCCAUUAUCCGUUUUCAGCUCCUUAGGUGUACCUAGGACCGCAAAACUUCGUAUGCAAUGGUUAAUUACGUGUUUAUUGGUCUCUCCCCUUUGUACAGUAGCAAAAAUAAACCCUGAACAUGUAUCUACAGUGACAUGUAUGUACUUCCGUGGUGUAAAGGGUGGAUGCUGUGUGACGUCCAUUUGCCAAAUUUCAUUUCUUUGUAACCCUCUUGGGUUAACUCCCAUCGGUAAAUUGUGACCUUGUUUGCUACAUGUGGGGCAUUGUUGAAUUAUGGCUGAAGCUUCUGCUCUUGUAAGAUCAAAUUCUUUUCGAAGAGCAUUAGCAUUCUGAUGGAAAAAUUCAUGACUUUCCCAGGGAGUGGCCAGAUGAAAUAUGUUUCUGGCCACUUCGUCAGCCUUGUUAUUUCCUUCUGUAAGCAUACCUGGGAAAGGUUGAUGACUCCUAAUGUGUGCAACAAAAUAAAAAUCAGUUCUUUUUUCAA